AUGUACAAAAACAAGUUGAGAAGAUGGGGUCUUCGUAAGAAUUAUACUGCAGCCGAGAAAGCUUUCAUCGUUCGCCAGAUGGAGCAUUACCGGAACCAUCAUCAAAUUUGGCCAGAACUUGAACUUCUGGGACAGCCAGUCAAACUGGACAGGAUUCAUCGCUUCGUAAGAGAGGGGCGUAAAGAUCCAAAGCCAACGUUACCAACACUACCGUGCGACCAGUUCUGUGAGAACAAAACAUCCGUCUCCUCAGAUCUGACAGCACCCUUCCACGCUGCCAUUAUCAAUGAGUGUGCACGGAUGAAUCUACAUGAAACAAAGCGUAUUGCUUACACUGACUCAAUGGAGCGCGCAAUGAGUCUGAUACUCUUUGAGCUGCGGAAGUACUUGACAUGUGCUCCAGCUUCAAACUCAAGUGACAGUUGCUCCUCAACCGAUAACAAGACUAUACACGCACGUCGAAUCCACGAUUUUGGCUUCAGUCUACUGGACGGGUUGAGAUGUUUGGUUGCUGGGAAACUGAGCCAGGCUGGCAAAUAUUUCAACACCGGUUGUGGCAUGGUUCGCGAGAUGAUCAAGAUGCAACCAAGGACUAUUUUUGACAUCCUCUUCGCGACCUUCUUGAAUCCUGCAUGGACGUCCUACGAUGCCAUGCGCGGACACAUACUUGGCUUCAUGUACAACAUGUCAACCCUAAUCCUUGGCUCGAGCCACUCAUUGUCCGUCAUCCUCCAUACCGUUCUUCGAAAUGCAAUCGAUCCUUCUUUCCUUCCGCUCUUCUUCAAGCGAAUGAUUGACAACCUUGAAGAAGUACACAAACAACCUAACACGACGAUCCUUCAGUUGAAGCGCAAUCUAAUCAAUUACAUUCGUAUCUCUGGUGACUACGAGACGGCAGAAGGAAUGAUUCGACAGGAGUUGCAUUCAUCCUGGAAAUUGGCCUCCAAUGUUGAGAGUGCCAGACAUAUUGAAAUGGUCCGGCUUCUGCUCGCUCGUACCAGAUUGGAUCAAUGCUACCACCUUGAAGCACAAGCACUAUAUGGGGAAAUCCUGCGGAAUGACCCACGAUCGCAGCUCGACUCGUCUGUUUGGCAAGAGUCAAGCAUCUAUGCUGCCAGUCAUCUCGGCGUGCUGGAUAUGCUAAAUGGUCGUAUCUCUGAUGGUGAGACCCGCUUGCGCGGUUGCCUCGAUGCAGCUGUGCCGCGGUUUGGCGCUCACGAGUUGGACACGGUAGCAAACUGCCAGUGGCUUGAAAAUGCAACUCAACCCCAACCACAGAGCGAUGGGGUGCAGAUAGGGAGGGUGUUCACAGACCCCUUCCAAUGGUCCGGUAUCGACUGGAAUACUUGA